AUGGCUCAAAGAGUUCAACAGAUUGUAGGUCACUUCACAGGCAAUCAUAACCCUGCUGUUGCUAGGGUUGGUCAUAAAAGCCCUGAAGAUGUUGUUGUUGUUACUGCAGUUCGUACUCCAAUGACAAAAUCAAAAAAAGGUGGCUUCAAGGAUACUCUUCCUGAAGAACUCUUGGCUGCCGUUUUUAAGGCUGUUCUUGACAAAUCAAAAAUUGACCCGAAUCUUAUUCAAGAUGUUGCAGUCGGAAAUGUACUUCCCCCUGGUGGUGGCGCUACAGUUGCUCGUGCCGCCGCCUUAUACGCUGGUAUUCCUAACACUGCUGCCUUGAACACUAUUAAUAGACAGUGUUCUUCUGGAUUGCAAGCUGUUACACAAAUUGCUCAUGAAAUUGCUUUGGAUCAAAUUGAAGUUGGAAUUGGUGCCGGUGUUGAAAGUAUGACCUUUGGAUUUGGUGCUGGUGCAAUACCUUCUGAUACAUCUGAGAAGGUCUUUGCAAAUCAUGAAUCAGCAGAUUGUUUAAUACCUAUGGGAAUUACUUCUGAAAAUGUUGCAAAGGAUUUCGGCAUUACUCGUGCCAAGCAGGAUGCUUUUGCUUAUGAAUCUCAUCAAAAAGCUGCUGCUGCCCAAGCUGCCGGACUUUUUAAGGAAGAAAUCAUUCCAGUUGAGGUUAAAUGGGUUGAUCCUAAAACCGAGCAAGAAAAAACUAUUGUUGUCUCUGCAGAUGACGGUAUUCGUAAAGAAACUACAAUUGAAGGCUUGGCUAAAUUAAAGCCCGCUUUCGCAAAGGAUGGUGUUACUACUGCUGGUACAUCAUCACAAGUUUCAGAUGGUGCAGCAGCAGUUUUAUUAAUGAAACGAAAGACUGCUGAAAAGCUUGGGUUACCAAUUCUUGGUAAAUUUAUUCGUUCUUCAGUUGUUGGUGUUCCACCUCGUAUUAUGGGCAUUGGUCCAGCUUAUGCCAUUCCUGAAGUUCUUAAACGAACUGGACUUAGAAUCGAUGAUAUUGAUAUUUACGAAAUUAAUGAAGCUUUCGCUUCUCAAGCUAUUUACUGUGUUGAAAAAUUGGGCAUUGACAAGAAAAAGGUUAAUCCAAAAGGAGGUGCGAUUGCUAUCGGACAUCCUCUUGGAUGUACAGGUGCACGUCAAAUUUCUACACUUUUGUAUGAACUAAGAAGAACAAGAAAGAAGCUUGGUGUAAUUUCCAUGUGUGUUGGCUCUGGUAUGGGUAUGGCAGCAGUAUUUGAAGCUGAAUGGUAA